AAGUCAUCUCGAUUCCAUGGUCAGCUCUUCGUUCUCGGACGCCAUUACGAGCUAAAAUCCUGUUAUUAAUUAGUAAGGAUAGACUAUAACUACCCCAUAUAUAGUAUCUCGAGUCCGUCCAGCUGAGGAAGAUGACUGACCUCGCGGUGCCGAUGAACGUGAAGAGGAAGGACGUUGAGGUUGUGUCUAGCCACGGAUUCGCCAUCUUUCUUGAUCCUAAGAGGAUCAAACUACAGUUACAGGAUGACAAGGUCGUUGACAUGAUGGAAGAGGAUGAACCACUAGAACAUGCUCCAACUGUAACUGCUACUGCGCCAACCAUUGUCCAUGACAAGGUGAACAUUGUAUCCGUGGCCGUGGGCAUAUCUUCAGAGCCACCAUCCAAGGUCAGCCAAGAUCAGAGCACCACGGCACCGGCACCAGCACCAGCAGCGAUGGACAUGGAGAUGGAGGAAGAUACCCAGCCCUACCAGCCGUGCCGGAAUGCUUCCUUCUUUUCAGGUUUCUUCUGACUUCUGACUUCUGAGUGGCACCCUACUGAACAGAAAAUAGCCUGGAUUACAUAGGAUCCUGAUGGAGCCUGCUGGGAUGUGGCCAACAUAGGUAGAGGCAUAGAGCGUGUCAGUUUCAUGCUGUUGCAGUGUAAUUCUAUCAGUACAUGUUGUUGGUCUAAUCUUAAUAUACUGUUGUAACAGUGUAAUGGUUACAAGUAUAUCUUAUAAAUUGCAUCGGCAGAUUUUGGUUA